AUGAGCAUCUGGGAGCUGCUCCUGGCUUUCCUGGUGGUGCUGCUGAUGCUCGUGGCCCUGCUGGCCAACGUGCUGGUGCUGAUGUGCUUCCUGUACAGCGCCGACAUCCGCAAGCAGGUCCCGGGAUUGUUCAUCCUCAACCUCACCUUCUGCAACCUGUUGAUGGCCGUCUCGAGCAUGCCCCUGACCCUGGCCGGGAUCAUUUACAAAAGUCAGCCGGCAGGAGAUCAGGUCUGCCUCGCUGUGGGCUUCCUGGAGACUUUCCUCACCACCAACUCCAUGCUGAGCAUGGCAGCUUUGAGCAUUGACAGGUGGAUUGCUGUGGUCUUCCCUCUAAGCUAUCACUCCAAGAUGAGGUACCGAGACGCCGCUCUCAUCCUCAGCUACACGUGGUUGCACUCGGCGUCCUUCCCCAUAGUGGCAGCUUCUCUCUCCUGGGUGGGUUUCCAUCACCUCUACGCCUCCUGCACGCUCUACAACAAGAGACCAGAGGAUAGGACACAGUUUGUGAUUUUCACUGGGCUCUUUCAUGCCCUCAGCUUCCUCCUCUCCCUGGUAGUGCUGUGCUUCACGUAUCUCAAAGUGCUGAAGGUGGCACGGUUCCACUGCAAGCGCAUCGACGUGAUCACGAUGCAGACCCUGGUGCUGCUCGUGGACAUCCAUCCCAGCGUGCGAGAGCGGUGUCUCGAGGAGCAGAGGAGACGGAGGCAGCGGGCGACGAAGAAAAUCAGUACCUUCAUUGGUACCUUCAUCCUUUGCUUUGCACCUUAUGUAAUCACAAGACUCGUUGAAUUAUCCUCUGUGGUCCACAUCAACUCCCACUGGGGGAUCAUUUCCAAGUGCUUGGCUUACAGCAAAGCUGUUUCAGACCCUUUUGUGUACUCUUUGCUACGGCACCAGUACAAGAAGACGUGGAAGGACAUCAUAAACAAGAUCCUCAAGAGGAGCUCCAUCAACUCCUCGGCGCUGGCGGGCGAGCCGCACGCCCGGAACCUCCCGCAGCUGAACGAAUGA